AUGGUCUGGUUUGAUCUUGGCUAUCCUAUCCUAGGUAUCAUUAGUACGGAGUACGAUAUGUCAUUCCUUCAUUCCUUUAUUUUGAGAUUGGAGAUUGGAGAUUGGAGAUUGGAGAUUGGAGAUUUGAGAUUUUUCUGCCAUUCGGGUCUAGUUUGA